CCCAGACCCCGCGACCAUCUGAUGUUCCGAGGUGUCCUUCGUCCCACUCUCCGAGCCCCUGCCCUUUUCCACACUGUACCCAUCAGAGUACCGAGCCUAGCACCUCGCACCAUGUCGUCCACCACCUCCUCCACCGGCGCCGCGGCGCCCUCGCUGCCGUCGACGAUGACGGCGCUCCAGAUUCAGUCGCAGGGCGACCUCUCGGUCCUCGAGACGCGCACGAUCCCCCUCCCGCGGCUCGAGGCCGGCCAGGUGCUCGUGCAGCAGGAGUUCGCAGGCGUCAACUACAUCGACACGUACCAGCGCGGCGGCCUGUACAAACUGAGCAUGCCCUGGGUGCUCGGCAACGAGGCGGCGGGCCGUGUCGUCGCCGUGGCGCCCGACGCCGAGGGCCAGGGCAUCGCCGUCGGCGACGAGGUCGCCAUGUACUGCGCCGGUGGCGGCUUUGCGCAGUACAAUGCCGUGAGCAGGGACAAGGUCGUCAAGCUUCCUGCCGGCGUGAGCACCAAGCUCGCCGCUGCUGCGCUGCUCCAGGGUCUUACUGCAUGGACGCUCGUCAAGGAGUCCUACCCGCUCCAAAAGGGCGACACCGUCCUCGUCCACGCCGCCGCCGGCGGAGUCGGCCUGCUCCUCUGCCAGAUGGCCUCGCACCUGGGCGCCACCGUCAUUGGCACCGUGUCCACCGAGGAAAAGGCGGCGCUGGCGCGCGAGAAUGGCGCGCACCACAUCAUCAACUAUGCCAAGGAGAGCAUCGUCGACAAGGUCCUCGCCCUCACUGGCGGCAACGGCGUCCAGGGCAUCUACGACGGCGUGGGCAAGGACACGUGGGAGGAUGACUUCAAGGUCAUUGCCCGAAAGGGCACGAUCUGCACGUUUGGAAAUGCAUCGGGCGCCGUCGAGCCUUUUGCGCCCCUCAAACUGGCAGCCAAGAACGUCAAAGUGAUCCGGCCCGCGCUGCCCGGCUACAUCCAGACACGCGAGGAGCUCGAGACGUACUCGUCGCACCUCUUUGACCUCAUGGCCAAGGGCGUCGUCAGGGUUAAGAUCCACGACGUCUACCCGCUCUCGGCCGAGGGCAUCCGCAGGAGCCAGGAGGACAUCACGGGCCGCAAGACGACGGGCAAGCUCAUCGUCGAUGUCAGCAAGCUGUAGCGCGGCCAAGUGAGGCGUUGCACUUAAAUUCAUUGGCAAGGAAGGGAAGGGAAUGGAAUGGAAUGUGAUGAUUGAUUCAUGGAAUUCAGAUCGGUGCU